AAGACCAUCAUAAUAGACUUUCAGUUUCAGUUUUAGUUUUCCCACUUUUAAUUGUGUUUUUAAACCAUGGCUAAGGUGACAAAAUCCAAGGUUCAGGCGAAAGCCGUGCCCCAGAAGGCUCAGAACAACAAGAAACGGGCUCGUGAAGCGGUUGAGCAAGACUCAUCAUCCGGUUCUGAAUCUGAAUCUGAAGUUGAAUCCAAUGAAAAAUUGGUUGAAGAACUUGAUGAGGACUUUGACGAGGUAGCCGAGCUUCUCGGACAAGACGUCAAGGACCCAACCUCCAAGAGAGAAAAGAAACAGGCUGCCAGAGACGAACAACAGGAAGAAGUGACUCGUCAACUCACCAAGCCAAAAGUUGAAGAAGUUAUCUCCGAAGAAGAAACAGCAAACUUUGCCGACGUUGGUCUUUCAGAACCAACCUUAAGGGCUAUCAAGGAUAUGGGAUUCACCAAGAUGACCAAGGUUCAAGCCAAGACCAUCCCACCGCUUCUUGCUGGCCGUGAUGUCCUUGGUGCCGCCAAGACCGGUUCUGGUAAGACUUUGGCCUUCCUUAUCCCCGCCAUCGAGAUGCUUUAUUCUCUCAAGUUCAAGCCAAGAAACGGUACUGGGGUCAUUGUUGUGUCCCCUACCAGAGAAUUGGCCUUACAAAUCUUUGGAGUUGCCCGUGAACUUAUGGCUCAUCAUUCACAAACUUUUGGUAUUGUCAUUGGAGGUGCCAAUAGAAGACAAGAAGCUGAAAAGCUUGCCAAGGGGGUCAACUUGUUGAUUGCCACCCCGGGUAGAUUGCUCGAUCAUUUACAAAACACCCCAGGGUUCAUUUUCAAGAACUUGAAGGCUCUUGUCAUUGAUGAAGCUGAUCGUAUUUUAGAAAUUGGGUUUGAAGAAGAAAUGAAACAAAUCAUCAAGAUCUUACCUAAGGAAGAAAGACAAUCCAUGUUGUUCUCCGCCACACAAACCACCAAGGUUGAGGAUUUGGCCAGAAUCUCCUUGAGAGCUGGUCCACUUUAUAUCAAUGUUGUUCCUGAAUCCGAUGUUUCCACCGCCGAUGGGUUGGAACAAGGUUACGUUGUUUGUGAAUCCGACAAACGUUUCCUUCUUCUUUUCUCCUUCUUGAAGAGAAACGUCAAGAAGAAGAUUAUUGUUUUCCUUUCAUCUUGUAACUGUGUCAAGUAUUUUGGAGAAUUACUCAAUUAUAUUGAUUUGCCAGUGUUGGACUUGCAUGGUAAGCAAAAGCAACAGAAGCGUACCAAUACCUUUUUCGAGUUUUGUAAUGCCAAGCAAGGUAUUUUGAUCUGUACUGACGUUGCUGCCAGAGGAUUGGAUAUCCCAGCCGUUGAUUGGAUUAUUCAAUUCGAUCCACCUGAUGAUCCAAGAGAUUACAUCCAUAGAGUUGGUAGAACUGCCAGAGGUUCCAACGGUAAGGGUAGAUCGCUUAUGUUCUUGACCCCAUCAGAAUUGGGAUUCCUUCGUUACUUGAAGGCUGCCAAUGUCCCAUUGAAUGAAUAUGAAUUCCCAACUUCCAAGAUUGCCAAUGUUCAAUCCCAACUUACCAAGUUGAUCAAGAGUAACUACUGGUUACACCAAUCUGCCAAGGAUGGGUACAGAUCGUACUUGCAAGCAUAUGCAUCUCAUCAUUUGAAGACUGUUUACCAAAUUGACAAGUUGGAUCUUGUCAAGGUUGCCAAAUCAUUUGGAUUUGAAGUUCCACCUAAGGUUAACAUUACCAUUGGAGCUAGUGGUAAGUCUUUAGAAAAGAAGCAUAAGAAGCAGAAAAGGGCAUAGAUUAUAUAGGCGUGUAUUUUAGAGAAAAUAAUAACAGAAACUAUUAGAA